UGGGUUUCCGGUUUGUUGUCAAAGUGAGUCGUUCUUUAAUCUACGACAUGAAUUGAUUCAAAAUGUGCAGUAGAAUGGCAAGAAGUUGUGUUUACUGAAAAGUGUUUCUCGUAAAUAAGUCGUUAUUGUGUAUCAUACUUAUUUCUUGACUUAACGACUGGCAGUUGUCGUAGCAAAGUUACUUGACUACAGUUAGGUGUUUGUUAGUAUUUUGGUAAUUCAGUUGCCUUUGAAUUUAUGACAUCAAAACGCCAUUGAUAAGAGAUGGCACUGUACGUUUUGUAUGAACACGCAGCCGGAUACGCUGUAUUUGGUGUAAAUGAAUUUGAGGAAAUAUCGAUGCUGUUACCGCAAGUAGAGCAGAGUGUAACAGAUUUAUCACGCUUCAAUGCACUUGUCAAGCUACUUGGAUUUUCUCCUUUCAAAACAGCAGUUGCAGCUUUGGAAAACGUAAACGCCAUUUCCGAAGGAAUUGUUCCAGACGAUUUGUCGUCUUUCCUAGAUAGCGUGCUUCCAAAAGCAUCGAAAAAGAAUAAGUUUACACUUGGUGUGGCUGAUCCUAAGCUAGGUGCUGCCCUAGCCGAAGCGUUGAAAAUUCAAUGCUCUCAUAUUGGUGCCGUUCCAGAAAUUUUGCGUGGUAUACGUCAUCACUUUCCGAAGCUCGUAAAGGGCUUCACAGACAAAAGUGCUGCUGUUGCUCAGCUUGGUUUGGGUCAUAGCUAUUCGCGCUGCAAAGUUAAGUUCAAUGUUCAUCGGUCGGAUAACAUGAUCAUCCAGUCGAUAGCAUUAUUAGAUCAGUUGGAUAAGGAUAUUAAUACUUUUUCUAUGAGAAUUCGAGAAUGGUACUCCUAUCAUUUCCCGGAGCUGGUUAAAAUUGUGCCAGAAAACUAUUUAUUUGCUAAAGUUGCCCAUUUUGUUAAAGAUCGCAAAUCUCUCAGCCAAGAAAGUUUGGAGGGCUUGGAAGAGAUAGUUAUGGAUUCAGAGAAAGCUCAGGCCAUCAUUGACGCUUCUAAGAUGUCUAUGGGAAUGGACAUUUCAGUAAUCGAUCUACUAAAUAUUGAAAUGUUUGCUAAGCGAGUUGUCAAGUUAUCUGAAUAUCGACAUCAGCUGGCAGCGUAUCUACAUUCUAAGAUGACCAACGUAGCUCCAAAUUUGCAAUCAUUAAUUGGUGAUCAAGUUGGCGCAAGAUUAAUUUCGAAAGCUGGUAGUCUAACUAACUUGGCGAAAUACCCGGCAUCGACAGUGCAAAUUUUGGGUGCUGAAAAGGCAUUGUUCAGAGCACUUAAAACUAAAAGUAACACCCCUAAGUAUGGUUUGCUGUUUAAUUCAACUUUCAUUGGGCGAGCAACCGCCAAAAACAAAGGGCGUAUUUCUCGGUUUCUAGCUAACAAAUGUUCAAUUGCAUCUAGGAUUGACUGUUUCACCGAGAGCCCCAAUAACAUAUUCGGGGAAGCGUUGAAACAGCAAGUCGAAGACCGACUUAAGUUUUAUGAGUCCGGUGAAACGCCUCGCAAAAAUUUAGAAGUCAUGAAGGAGGCAAUGGAAGCAGCAGCUGAAUUAAAUGCCACUCAGUCGCAAGAGAGUGGAAAGAAAAAGAAGAAAAACAAAAAACGUAAACAUGAGAACGCCAAUGCUAACGGUGAUGCUGAUGCAACAUUGCUUGAAGAUGCAAAUGGCAAUGGAUUACCCGAGGAAGCAGCAGAAGUUGAACCCGAUACCGAAGGAGAGCCCAAAAAGAAGAAGAAGAAGAAGAAGAAUAAAAACAAAGAUGUUGAAGCAGCGUCCUGAGCGAUGAUAUAGAACUCUAUAGUUGUAAGUUUUCUUUCAAAGCGAUUGUUUAUUUUUUUCAUUUAUGCUUGUAGUGCGGUUUUAUUCUGCUACUACUACUCCUACUGCAAAAUUCAAGAAAAUUCAAUAUAAUUUAAACAUUAGGCGGAAAAA